AUGGAUACCCUCAACGUGACAACUACAACUAUCGCUCCUAUUGGAGCUAUUCCUUCAAGCAUUGCUACCUUGACAACUGCUGCAGGACCACAUUUUGCAAGACAGAUAAUGCGUUUCAAUAAUAAAACGGUUAUUAGUAAAGUACCAGAAGAAAUGCUACAUCUAAUAGAUCCAUUCUGGUAUAGAUUUCCUCCACUGGAUCCACUAUGGCAUUUAAUUCUGGGACUAGUUAUGAUCGUAUUAGGUUUCAUAGGAUGGUUUGGAAAUGGUGUAGUAGUCUACGUCUUUUUAAUGACACCAUCCCUGAGAACACCGAGCAAUCUUUUGGUAGUGAAUCUUGCUUUCUCUGAUUUUAUAAUGAUGGGUUUCAUGAGCCCACCUAUGGUAAUCUGCUGCUUUUAUGAAACUUGGGUCCUUGGUACUUUGAUGUGUGAUAUUUAUGCAAUGGUUGGAUCGUUAUGUGGAUGUGCUUCCAUAUGGACCAUGACAGCUAUUGCUUUAGAUAGAUACAAUGUCAUAGUGAAAGGCAUGUCUGGAACUCCUCUGACCAUCAAGAGAGCAAUAUUCCAGAUUCUAGGGAUCUGGUCCUUCGGUAUGAUAUGGACAAUUCUACCCAUGGUAGGAUGGAACAGAUACGUUCCCGAGGGUAAUAUGAGUUCGUGUGGUACGGAUUACAUCACCGAAGACUGGGUUUCAAAGUCGUACAUAUUAGUAUACUCCGUUUUUGUUUAUUACACCCCCUUAUUCACAAUUAUUUAUAGUUACUAUUUUAUCGUCUCGACCGUUGCAGCGCACGAAAAAGCAAUGAGAGAACAAGCGAAAAAAAUGAACGUUGCUUCCUUACGAUCUGGCGACAAUCAAGGCGCGGGAGCUGAGGCCAAACUAGCAAAGGUAGCGUUAACGACAAUAUCACUCUGGUUUAUGGCAUGGACACCGUAUCUCGUGAUUAAUUACAUUGGAAUAUUCAAUCGGUCUUUACUCACGCCUCUUUUCACGAUAUGGGGUUCGCUCUUUGCAAAGGCGAAUGCUAUAUACAAUCCAAUCGUUUAUGGGGUCAGUCACCCAAAAUAUAGAGCCGCGUUGAAAGAGAAACUACCGUUUUUGGUGUGCGGCUCGACGGAGGAUCAAAAUGCUGCAGCUGGCGGAGAAAAGCCUUCAGAGUCUGCAGGAAACUAG